CCACCUCCGACCUGUCCACGGCUCGCGAGUAUUCAGGAACGAACCAAUCAGAGUGACCUGAUAGGCCGACACUCCCGAGCCAGGGGCGACUUAGAAGGACGUGGCAUACUCGACAGACGUGUGCUCUCUGACCUUAUCGUCUCACGUUAGACGACUUCUCUUCUGACACGCGCUCAUGGCGGACGAGGACUAUGGCGGUGGCGAUGAUUUCGGCGAGGAUUACGGAGGGGACUAUGAGGAGCCCGAGGUGGCCGAACCGGAGGAGGAGGCUGGGGAGGAAGGGGCGGAGGAGCAGGAGGGGGAGGCGGAUCGCGACAUGAUCGAGAUCCGGGACGACGACGGAGCGGGAGGGGGGAAGAAGUCGGAUAAGCCAAGGAAGACGACAAGAUACAUGACAAAAUACGAGCGAGCUAGAGUGCUGGGUGCCAGGGCGCUCCAGAUCAGCAUGAAUGCGCCUGUGAUGGUUGAGCUGCAUGGAGAAACAGACCCUCUCGAGAUUGCCAUGCGUGAGCUUCGAGAGAAGAAGAUUCCUUUCACCAUUCGGAGAUACCUGCCUGAUGGAAGCUACGAGGAUUGGGGGGUGGAUGAGUUGAUCAUUGAGGACACGUGGCGAAGACAAGUGGGAGCCACCUGAGCUGGCACUAAGAGGUCUGGGUGUACUAUCUGCUUACGUCUUGGCUAAUUGAGCAAAAUGUUUGGGGACAUGUACAGUCUAUUUUGGGUUUACUGUAGCUACAAUAUUAUGGGAACUACUCUUCCAAUAUUGUAUCCACUCUUGCAAGUUCCACAGAUAAGCCUGCCAGUUACAAAACGAA